AUAUAUUUUACCAAACUUUGUGUGGAUCAGAAUGCUCUCUUCUCUUCUCUUCUCUUCUCUUCUUGAGUGCCUCUCUUCCAUUUCUGAGUUUCAACUUCUGCUCCUCCUGUCUGUUUUGCUUCUCAUGUUAAAUAAAAAGAAUCUCACAGAAAUAGGAAUAUGAUUGAUGACUGAAAAGAAGAAAGGAGAAAAAGGAAGUACAUAAGUUUCUUGAAUGCACUCAAUAUUUAAUAACAUGGCAGCUAGAGGUGGGGCUAUGGGAGUUUCAAGCUUCCCUUCAUCACCUUCUUGUUUUAAUAGGAAAGCAAGAACCACUUACACACUCUCUUUGGAGAAGAAAAAAAAGACAAUCAUGAGCAGAAGUCAUGCUGUCAAACAAUUCUUGAAUUAUCCAUGAAACAGAAAUAACAAGUUCAGUUCAAGAGAGCUCAAAUUUUUUAUUGGUUUUUUCAACUGUCUCAAGCUGUGCGUGUCUUGUAACAUAUCCAAUAUCUGGGACCUUUACAGGAAGACAGCUUCUGUUAAUCAUAGACUGCUACGACUAGAUGGCUUUCCUAUAAAUGCAGUUUCUUUCUUUAUCGCAUACGAUUUUUAAGGAUCAAGAUGCAGGAACAUUGACUCAAUUUCUUUUUAUUUAUUGGAGAUUAGUUCGACUGGGUAUACGAUUUUAUUAAAAUUAGUAAUAUGGUAUUAGUAGAUAAUGAGGACCGAGGAGAAGACUUGAACUCAAAAGUCCCUAAUUAAGUACAACUAGCCUACUCCCUAACUGGCACUCAAUUUACUUUGUGGGUUAAUUUCAUUUCAGUAAAUAGUACAUUAUCUUCCAUAAAUGUAUGCAGCAGAUUGCUAGCAAGUCAGCAAUAUCAAGGAGAAGUAUCACCUGUUCUGCGGUGCAAGAAUCAUCUACUUCUACUUCCACUUCCACUUCCACAGUUGCUGCUGAUACAAAAGAAGUAAAGAAAGCUGAAGAGAAGACCCCAGCAGCAAAGCCCAAACCUGCAGCAAAAGCUCCUGUGAAGCCACUGCCUCAGUUGAUGGAAGAAGAUGUAAUCCCUUCACUCAAAGCAAUUUUUGAAACUGAACAAGAUAUCACUGAACUUGAGCUGUCUUUUAAUGACAACAGAUUAGAAGGCUCCUUCAGAAAGAAGGGCAAUCCCUACUCUUUUUGGGCAUUCUUUCCCAGUGGAGUCCUUACAGGUACAAAGGGGUUUUCCCUAUCCUCCUAUGGAUUAGGAGCAAGCACUGUUGAACCGUUUCUUAUAGACGAGAAGAAAAUCACAGCAAAACAUAUUGUCUUCUGGGUGGAAAAGCGUUUGGCAGCUCAAGGAAUUAUACCUGUGUGGAAAGAAUGAUAUUAAAAAGUGUUUAAAAGUUUCAUAUUCUUUCCAAAUAAUGUAACAUGAUCGACCCCUGUAUCACAUUUUCGUUCAAUGGGUAUGACAUAAAGCAUCAUCAUUGUA